AGUGUAUUACGAAGACAAUUUCAAGCGAAACAGAAUCAAGAGAGAAAAUAGAAGAAGAAACACAGCGCAUGAUGCGUGCAGUGGCGUUACCGAAUUCGCCGAUUUUUUCACCGUCAAGAAUUCGGUCAAGUUUUUGCAAGCCGUCAGGUAAUUGUUCAACUUCUCCGAGGAUCCAAGGUCCGCCGUCUGUUACAACGCCUCAAUCACCUUCAGCGCCGUUAGCGUUGUCUCCGCCGUCGCCAUUAUCGUUGCGGAUUCAAAAACACAUGGACGAUGUUUGUGGUUCCGUGUUGAAGAGGAAGAGGCCGCCGAGGUUAGAUAUCCCGUUCGGAGGGUCGAUUGGCUUUGGCUUGAAAAUGAUGCCACGUGGAGAUGAGGGAUUAGAUGACAUGGAAGUUUUGAGAGAUGGCUACUCCGUUUAUUGUAAAAGAGGAAGAAGAGGUUGCGCCAUUGAGGAUCGGUACUCCGCUUUCGUUGGCCUUAAUGGGGAUCAUAAACAGGCCUUGUUUGGUGUUUUUGAUGGGCAUGGAGGGCCAAAAGCAGCUGAAUUUGCAGCAAAAAAUUUGGGUAAAAACAUUAGAGCAGAAGUGUGUUCGAGUAAAUGUGAAGAAGAGGGUAUUGAGAGAGCGAUCAGAAAAGGUUAUUUGACUACAGACGCGGAGUUUCUAAAGGAAAAUCAUGGCGGUGGCACUUGCUGUGUCACUGCAUUGAUCCAAAAAGGCCAACUUGCUGUCUCAAAUGUUGGUGAUUGUCGUGCUGUUAUGAGCCGAGGAGGAGUGGCUGAGGCACUCACUUCUGAUCACCAACCCUCGAGAAAAGAUGAAAGAGACAGAAUUGAAGCUCAGGGUGGUUAUGUGGAUUGCCACCAUGGUGUUUGGAGACUUCAAGGUUCUCUGGCUGUAUCAAGAGGAAUUGGAGAUGGACAAUUUAAACAAUGGGUUAUAGCUGAACCCGAAACCAAAGCUUUCAGAAUUAAGCCGGACUGCGAGUUCUUAAUUUUAGCCUCUGAUGGUCUCUGGGAUAAGGUUUCAAAUCAGGAGGCUGUAGAUUUAGUACGCCCAUUAUGUGUAGGAGUAGAGAAACCAGAAUCAUCUUCUGCUUGUAAAAAGCUAGCCGAGUUGUCAAUAACGAGAGGCUCCAUGGAUGAUAUAAGUGCUAUGAUAAUCCAACUGAGCCAUUUUGUUCAGUGAUUAUUUACUAAUAAGACAGAAAAGAAAUGGAGCUAGGUGAUCUUUUCUUCUCCUCCUGCAAGUAUUUUUUCGAAGAAAGUCGCGGUUGAAGAUGCUAGAAUACCAGCUUUGGUACCUAGACGUAAUCCGUUUAUUUGUAUGGUAUCACUGUUGUAAUAUUUUAGAUGUCCCAUUUCAAGUUGCAAAUAACAUAGCAAUAUUAUGCCAAGACAAUUUUAUGUAUAUAAAUAAAUAAAUAUAUAAUAUAUUAUUAUAUAAUUAAAUAUUA